CUAAAGGUGCUACUUAGAAUACUUAGAAUUUAGGAGAUAACCAGCCCACUUACUUGAUUAUGUUCCCAAGUUCCAAAUCGGCCCGGCUUCCGAACAUUCGAGAACCACCACCAUACCUUAUACUUCGAUUACUUUACUCCUCUCAAGUCGUCCCUAGAAAUCUCUGGUCUCUUCUCUUCCUUAUAAACCCAAACCCCUUUUCUUCUCCUUCCUUCCUCCCUUCAACCGUAGUGAAAGAAAAAUUUCUCCGUUCUUUCUGUAAUUCCCACUUAGUAUUAUUCACUGUUGUUGAUUUUCUGUAAUUUCUUGCUUUGUAAUUAAUGGCCGACGAAGCCAAGGCUAAGGGCAACGCCGCCUUCUCUGCGGGCAAUUACGACGAGGCCAUCCGCCACUUCACGGAGGCCAUUAAUCUCGCCCCUACUAAUCACGUCCUCUACUCCAAUCGAUCCGCCGCUUACGCUUCCCUGAACAAGUUUUCCGAAGCCCUUUCCGACGCCAAGAAGACUGUGGAGCUUAAGCCUGAUUGGUCCAAAGGCUAUUCACGUCUUGGGGCUGCUCAUCUGGGUCUCCGUCAAUUUGAAGACGCCGCUUCCGCUUACAAGAAGGGUCUUGAAUUCGACCCCAACAACGAAGCCUUGAAGUCGGGCCUUGCUGAUGCCCAAGCUGCUCAAUCCCGAUCCAGGCCCUCCCAGCAGCCUGCUAAUCCGUUUGGGGAUGUAUUCUCCGGACCGGAGAUGUGGACGAGGCUCACGACUGAUCCCUCUACCGGGGCUUUCCUGAAACAGCCCGAUUUCGUGAAGAUUAUGCAGGAUAUUCAGAAGAAUCCCAGCAGUUUGAACAUGUAUUUGAAGGACCAGAGGGUAAUGCAGGCUCUUGGAGUUUUGUUGGGGUUGAACUUGAAUGCCCGAGAAGGACCAGGAGGGGGUGAUGCCGAGAUGGCUGAAGGAUCUCCUGAAAGGAAGAGGCCUGCUGAAGGCGAGCCCGUGAAAGAGGACAAGAGGCCUGAAAAGGCCCCCGAACCAGAACCCGAGCCUAUGGAGGUUUCGGAAGAAGAGAAGGAGAUUAAGGAGAGGAAGUUGCAGGCUCAGAAGGAGAAGGAAGCUGGCAAUGCUGCUUACAAGAAGAAGGAUUUUGAAACCGCAAUUCAGCACUAUACUAAGGCUUUUGAGCUCGAUGAUGAGGAUAUUUCUUUCCUCACCAAUCGUGCAGCUGUGUACUUGGAGAUGGGCAAGUAUGAUGAAUGCAUUAAAGACUGUGACAAAGCAGUUGAAAGAGGGAGAGAAUUGAGGUCAGACUUCAAGAUGAUUGCCAGGGCUCUUACUAGAAAGGGAAAUGCCUUGGUAAAGAUGGCAAAGUGUUCCAAGGAUUAUGAGCGUGCGAUUGAGACUUACCAAAAGGCACUAACUGAGCAUCGUAACCCUGACACACUUAAGAAGCUGAAUGAAGCUGAGAAGGCGAAGAAGGAUCUGGAGCAACAAGAAUACUUUGAUCCACAGAUUGCUGACGAGGAGCGUGAAAAAGGUAAUCAGUACUUCAAAGAGCAGAAAUUCCCUGAGGCUGUCAAGCACUACACAGAAUCCAUAAAGAGAAACCCGAAAGAUCCAAGGGCAUAUAGCAACAGGGCUGCUUGCUAUACCAAACUUGGGGCUCUACCUGAGGGACUAAAAGAUGCCGAGAAGUGCAUUGAGCUAGAUCCAACAUUUUCCAAGGGUUACACUAGAAAGGGUGCUGUCCAAUUCUUCAUGAAGGAGUAUGAAAAAGCAUUGGAAACAUAUCAGGAGGGGUUGAAGCAUGACCCAAACAAUGCGGAAUUAUUAGACGGUGUAAAAAGAUGUGUGUCUCAAAUAAACAAGGCAAGCCGGGGGGAUUUAAGCCCUGAGGAGCUUAAAGAAAGACAGGCGAAGGCUAUGCAGGACCCUGAAAUCCAAAAUAUCCUGACAGAUCCAGUAAUGAGACAGGUGCUAGUUGACUUCCAAGAGAAUCCCAAAGCUGCGCAAGAGCAUACAAAGAACCCUCAAGUGAUGAACAAGAUACAGAAACUAGUCAGUGCAGGGAUUGUCCAGAUGAGAUGAUCAACAAAAGGGAAGCUUGGCAUAUUGCUUAGGGAAACACAUUAUUUUUGAUGUGUAAUUGGAUGGAUUGGUGGAAAUACGUUACUUUUGAUUAAAUUUUGGGUUGUUCCUCUGAAUGUCUUUAUCGUCUGGUGAAUACUUUCUGAAAUUGAUCUUAUAUCUGAGUUACUCUUUGAGAACGUUUUAUUAUUAAACCUGGUAUGCCUUUCUCCCUUGGUAGUCAGUGUUUCUGUGUUUUUUGUUUCCACGAAAAUGCUUGGUGCUUAAAGUGUAAGAACCCGCAUGGGGAGGAUUAAAGUUGGUUGAGUACAGACAGAAAGUGCCUCAUCGAUCACUGACUAGGUUUCAACGAGGGGGGAAAAAAAAAGAAAAAGGGUUUCAAAGAACAAGAAUUGUAGCAGUA